AUGGAGAUUGGAGGAAACUCAAAUAACCAACAUAAGGAUACCACAAGAGCAUCCGCAUCCGCAUCCGCAUCUGGUACAAUCAACCCGGAGGUAGUAGCCACCAACCUCCCCGCAAUAAAUGUCGGCGAUCAAAAUCUAGCGCCACCGCAAGGCUACAGGCGCAAGGCAGAUCUGUAUAUGCCGAUGACCAACAUCGUCCGAAUCUUACGUAGGGCGCUCCCACCCCAUGCAAAAAUUUCCGAUGAUGCGAAGGAGAUUAUCCAAGAGUGUGUCUCAGAGUUCAUUUUCUUUGUAACCAAUGAGGCCAAUGAGAAGGCCCACCGCGAGUACAAAACACCAAUCUACCCGGAAGAUGUAAUCGACGCCAUGGCCUCACUGGGGUUCGAUGACUACGUGGAGCCCCUGACAGUUUUCAUCAAUAAAUAUCGGGCCGAGGAUCCCGAACGCGCAACCUCGAUCCAGGUUCAAUUGCCGAUGGCCAUGCACAACGUCGCCCAACAACCGUCGGCUGCUUCAGUAGCUCCACCAGUUCCACCACCAUCUGAGGCGCCAAUAGUGAUAAUGGGUGAUGGGCCGGUGAUAGUUCAUUACGACGAAGAAGUGGACCCCGAUGAGGGUGAUCCUGUGGGUAGUAUGGUGAGAUCUCUGGACGUUUUUAGCCUCAGUAAUCAAAGGGGGCCUCAGCAAGCCUUUCAGCCACUUCUGCCGCUUCCAUUUGUGUAUCAUGUGGCAGAAUCGCCGAUCUCCGCCUACAUGCGGUUCCUGCACCUGUAUUUGGCCGGUUAA